UUUUUGUACUCGUCACAUCAAGCAUUUUCACCCCCUAGUUACCGACGCUUCAAUGUAAACAUUGACGAACAAACUUGAAUAUCGUUUCCAUCUAAGUUACGCUGAAAAGUAUCAUUGCUUCUGUAUUGGUUGGAUUUGUGGAGAUUAUUGCAAUCUGAUUGUAACAAACAGACAAGACCGGCCAUGUACGCACGCUACAAACAAAGCCUUGCUGGGAAAGGAAAUACUACGAACUCCUACCCUAGCUAUGGAGAAAAAACAGUUGGCUUCAACAAGAAAAAAGGUAAAAGGUACGGAAGCAAAGACGCACCGCCAUCAUAUGAAAAUCUUUACUAUGGCAACAAACGAAAGAAGGGCUAUUCCUGGGAAAGGUUGCGGAAUAUGUUCAAAGCGUGGAAGGUCAACAGGGCCUUAAAAGCAGGAAAAGACGGGAAAGAAGCAAAUGACGAAAAAGAGAGAACACCUUCACCAGCAAGACCAGAAACGCCUCCUCCACCACCCAAACCGGUUUUGCCGAAAGAAGAUCUAGCAAAAGAGCUGUAUGUCAAAUCUGUCGAUCUUCAUAUUAAAGAGAAUACAUUGGAACAUAGGACUGAUGAAUAUGAAUGUACGAGAGAGAGAAAGGUAAACGAUAAAGUAGUGCCGGCGGAACUGGUCGUUCGUCGGGGAGAUAAUAUCAAGAUGACAAUAACGUUUGAUAGACCAUACGACAAGGAGAAAAAUGAAUUGCUCUUGUGCUUCACUCUAGGAGAAUGGGCAAAACCAUCAGGAGGUACUAAAGCUCAAUUUGAAAUAGACGAGUCCGGGAAGCAAAAGUUUACACCUGAUCAAUGGGGCGCAACUUUACAAAGCAAGUCCGGAAAUGACGUCACUAUUCUGGUACAUAUUCCCGCCAAUUGUAUUAUCGGGGAGUGGAAUUUCUAUGUGAAGACAAAAUGUGAAGGUAAAGACAAAGAUGGCAAUGAUAAAACCAUCAUUCGUCAGUAUGAGCAAGAAGACGACAUCACAAUUCUGUUCAAUCCAUGGUGUCCGGAUGACACUGUGUACAUGCCGCAGACUGAGUUGCUCGAUGAAUACAUCCUAAAUGAAAGUGGUGCUGUUUGGAGAGGAAAUUAUACACAACCAGGGGCGAAAGAAUGGAACUUCGGACAGUUUCAGGCCGGUAUACUUGAGAUAGCACUGAUGCUGGUCACUCAAGGGUUUGACCCAUGUAGGUUGAAGCCGAUGUCGGAUCCAAUAAAAGUCAGCAGAAUGAUAGCUAAAAUGGUGAAUUCGUCAGACGACUUUGGUGUAUUGACCGGAAACUGGAGUGGAGAUUAUAGUGAAGGUGUCUCGCCUUCAAAGUGGGUGGGGAGUGUCAAAAUUUUGAAACAAUGGUUUGAAAGUGGACCUGUGAAAUUUGGCCAGUGCUGGGUAUUUUCUUGUAUCACAACAACAGUUUGUAGGGCACUUGGUAUUCCUUGUAGGACAGUCACAAACUUUGCCUCCGCCCAUGACACUGACGAGUCUAAUUGCAUAGAGAAAUACUUUAAACCGGUAGGAGGUGUAGAUGAAGAGAUAGAACAUAUGAACUCAGACUCUGUGUGGAAUUUCCAUGUUUGGAACGAAGUUUGGUUUGCAAGACCCGACCUGGCCCCGGAAUUUUCCGAACCUGGAUGGCAAGUUAUUGAUGCGACCCCGCAGGAAACUAGUGAAGGUCAAUACACAUGUGGACCUUGCCCAGUGGCUGCUGUAAGGAAAGGUCUUUGUAAUUUUGGUUUUGAUACCGGUUUUGUCUUCUCCGAAGUCAAUGCGGACAAAAUUCAUUGGAGAAUACAUCCGGGCGAUUCAUACGAGCGUAUAAAGAUGGAAAAAGAUUCUGUAGGAAAGUGCAUCAGCACGAAAAAACCAACAGGACAACCAUUCAAGUACAAGUCAAAAAAAUAUCAUGAAAGAAAAAUAUAUUCGGAGGAACAACGGGAAGAUUUGACCCUAGCAUACAAACCAAAAGAAGGUUCGGAGGAGGAACGUGAGACUGUAAUGAACGCCCAUAAAACAGCCAGGUUUCCUGUUCGAAAAACAUACCUAGAAGAAGAGAAAGUCGAGCCACUUCAGUUUAGCCUGUCUUUUGAUGACGUCAUGAUUGGCGAGAAAAUGGCGGUUAGAUUCACGGCAAAGAACGCCGGAAGUAAAGAAAGAAAAAUUCCAAUACUUGUUUUAUCUGCUUCACCUCAGGCCUAUACUGGUCAUCAUACAAAGAUAUUCCACAGGAAAUUAUUUUCAGACCAGGUGUUGGCCGGAAAUGAAGAGAAGGUGUUUGAAACAGUUUUAGAGCCUGCUGAAUAUUUGGAACAUCUUGUUGAUCAGGCGCUUAUUAGUAUUGUAGCAACAGCUUAUGUUGAACCAUGUGAUGGUGAACCUGAACAAAUUGUACGAGAGGAAGCUGAUGCAAGAUUCCGUCGACCAGACAUUGAUGUUGAGUGCCCAGACGAGACAAAAUGUGGAGAAAACACUACAUUCGUAGUAAGCUUUGACAACCCUCUAGAUAAGCCACUUACAUGCUGUAACAUUUCAAUGGAAAGUAUCGGCUUUAAGGACUUCGAUGACCUUCCAGUCGUGGAUGUUCCUGCUAAAGGGACCUACAGACAGGAAUUCACAUUACCGGCUUUGAAAGCGAAGAAGAAAGCAGCCGUGUACUUCAGCUUUGAUAGUAAAGAAAUUGCCGACAUAUCAGGGUCUGCAAGCCUACAAAUUAAUCCAUAGUUUUUUUACCCUAGAAAUGAGACUUAAUAUGCAAAUUGUGAUAAAAUAUAAAUCUUAGAUAAGUUUUUUACAAGACUUUUUC